AUGUCUUGUCCUGCACGCGGAAGGCCAGAAUACCAUAAAAUAAACAAAGAUCUCUUUGUCCUCACCUAUGCAGUUCUGGUUGCCCAGCUCUGUAAGGAUUAUGAAAAAGAUGAAGAUGUGAAUAAAUAUUUAGAUACAAUGUGACACACUCUUUCCUUCCUCCAUGGAGGACACGGCAUUGGAACACGGCUGGUAGAAGACUUUUUGGCUCGAUCGUGUGUGAGAAGAUGCCGUAGUUACUCAGAAAUUACAGACAUAAUUGCUCAGGCUGCAUUCAAGAUGUACUUGGGAAUUACACCAAGUGCGACCUGUAACAAUUCAAGCAGAAAUGAAUUUUCCCUGAUUCUAGACAAGAAUCCUCUGGUGGAGUUUGUGGAAGAGCUCCCUGCUGGGCCAUCUUCUCCGUGCUACUGCAAUUUACUCUGUGGGAUUAUCAGAGGGGCCCUGGAAAUGGUUCAUUUGGCUGCUGAUGUUACAUUCUUACAAGACAGACUAAAAGGCGACAGUGUGACAGAAAUAGGAAUAACAUUUCUGAAAAAGCUAGAUGAAGAAAAAUACAGACGGAAAAAAUGA